UCCUUCCUCUGUGGUUACCUACACAUUCGGGGUCUGACGGAAGAUUGGCCAGAACUGACGACGUACUUCGAUGCGGAAAUUAUUGGAACUCGGCACGGGUUCCUGACCAGGCGCUGGGGCGCUGAUGAGCAGGAAGACAUGAACCAUUGGGACCGCUUUCCUGCCUUCCGCCGCGUGAAGCACUCCCUCCGCAAGCCCAAUCUGACCAUGUCGGACCCCGAUUGCGGCGCCGUCUUCAUGCGGUGGAAGGAAAGGUUCUUGGUGCCAGACCAUCGAGUGCAAGACAUAAGCGGGGCGAGCUUUGCGGGCUUCUACUAUGUCUGCGUCGACUUCAACCCCCCACCUCCCUCCCCGAUGCGCUCGACGUCCCGCCGGCGGUCGUCGAGCGCGGCGACUAAGGGCCUGCUGCAGGAGUGGCCAGAGUCGGACGGUCUCGGGCGCUCGACCGGCGGGCAUGCUGCGACCAUGAGCGGAUAUUACUUCCACCAAAAUUCCGCUCCGUAUCAGCAGCUGUCGCUGUGCCACGUCGCCGAGAACAUGAGCCCUUCGUUCGAGUUCCGUUGA